UGCUGCCACGGAAUCCGGAAGUGUUUCCGACUCGGCGGCUCUUCAUUCAGGCUGCUGCGGUGGAAACUCGCCUCUCCAGCCCCUCCUAGCCUCUCUUUGGGGGUCGGUAUCUUCGCGUUUGGGUCGUGAAGCGGAGCGGAACCAUGGCAGGUCGGCUCCCGGCUUGUGUUGUCGACUGCGGCACCGGGUACACAAAGCUUGGAUAUGCAGGGAACACGGAGCCACAGUUCAUCAUCCCGUCAUGUAUUGCGAUCAAAGAGUCUGCUAAGGUGGGAGACCAGGCGCAGCGCAGGAUGAUGAAGGGCGUCGACGAUCUGGACUUCUACAUCGGAGACGAAGCCAUCGACAAACCUUCAUAUGCAACAAAGUGGCCCAUCCGUCACGGCAUUGUGGAGGACUGGGACCUGAUGGAGCGCUUCAUGGAGCAGGUCAUCUUCAAGUACCUGCGGGCGGAGCCGGAGGACCACUACUUCCUGCUGACAGAGCCGCCGCUCAACACUCCUGAGAACAGGGAGUACACGGCCGAGAUCAUGUUCGAAUCCUUCAACGUCCCGGGUCUUUACAUCGCCGUCCAGGCUGUCUUGGCGCUGGCCGCCUCCUGGACGUCCCGGCAGGUUGGCGAGCGGACGCUGACGGGGACUGUGAUCGACAGUGGAGACGGAGUGACGCACGUCAUCCCGGUGGCUGAAGGCUACGUGAUUGGCAGCUGCAUCAAGCACAUUCCCAUUGCCGGUCGAGACAUCACCUACUUCACCCAGCAGCUGCUGAGGGAGAGGGAGGUGGGCAUUCCUCCGGAGCAGUCGCUGGAGACGGCCAAAGCUGUUAAGGAGCGGUUCAGCUACGUCUGCCCCGACCUGGUCAAAGAGUUCAGCAAGUACGACACGGACGGCUCCAAGUGGAUCAAGCAGUACACGGGCGUCAACGCCAUCACCAAGAAGGAGUUUACCAUUGAUGUGGGCUACGAGCGUUUCCUGGGGCCAGAGAUCUUCUUCCACCCAGAGUUCGCUAACCCAGACUUCACUCAGCCCAUCUCGGAGGUGGUGGACGAGGUCAUCCAGAACUGCCCCAUCGACGUUCGACGUCCUCUCUACAAGAACGUGGUUCUGUCCGGAGGUUCCACCAUGUUCCGGGACUUUGGCCGGCGCCUGCAGAGGGACCUGAAGAGAACAGUGGACGCCCGGCUGAAGAUCAGUGAGGAGCUCAGCGGCGGCAAGCUGAAGCCGAAGCCCAUCGACGUCCAGGUCGUCACCCACCACAUGCAGAGGUACGCCGUGUGGUUCGGAGGGUCCAUGCUGGCGUCCACCCCCGAGUUCUACCAGGUGUGCCACACCAAGAAGGACUAUGAGGAGAUCGGGCCGAGCAUCUGCCGCCACAAUCCCGUGUUUGGGGUCAUGUCCUAGUUCAAGAUGGACCAGAAGCGUUUGUACGACACAGUGACGAAUUGGAACAUAGCGAGACGGACCAAACAGACUCCCUGAACAUCACAGGAACCAGAAGUUCUGGUUAAAUGUUUUAUUUCUCUUCACAGGGUGGCCAUUAAUCCCCCUCUCUGUGAACGGGCCAUAGCUUCUCUGGGUUGUCAUGGGAACACUUUGCAAAAACACCUGAAGCUUGUUUUUAUUUGUCUGGUUGAAAGGUAAUCUGAUACUCAGCAGUGCCCAUCGUGUUUGUUAGCAUUGAUCAGCAGGUAGAGGAGGAAGCAGCCUGAUGAAUAAAUGAGCGACUGUUUCUUUUGCCUCUGUCUGUCAUUCUGGACAGCCUGGUUCUGUACAAAAUCUGGAUUUAUAAAUGUAAUAAAUGCUAAGCAGGUGUUUCUA